AUGGAGACCCCUGCCACCAAUGGCCUCGGCGGUGAUUCUGGAGCUGAGAACUCGCCUAUAGAAAAACUCAUGGAAACUGUUAAAAAGAAUCCGCUAGAUUUCAACUCAUGGGUUAGCCUAUUGGCUCUUGUGCAGAGUGAAUCUGCAACGUCGCGCGAGCUGGUAGAGGAUACAUAUGACCGCUUUCUGGCUGAGUUUCCAUUGUGCUUUGGAUACUGGAAUAAGUAUGCCCAAUACGAAUAUCGACUUGCCAGCAGAACAAGAGAGGACGGAUUAGGGACUGUGGUGACUAUAGAAGAAGGUAAACAGAAGGCACGUGAGGUCUACGAACGAGGUGUAGCGGCAGUAAAAUACAGUGUGGACAUGUGGAUGAAGUAUUGCGAGUUUCUCAUUCACACGGUGCUUUGCCCUGUAGAGGAAACGCGACCAUUGUUAGAAAGAGCUGUGGAAGCAUGCGGGUGCGAUCCCCUGGCAGGUCCAUUGUGGGAGCUUUACAUCCAUUUAGAGACAGUAAAUAAUGACAUGCCUCGUCUGAAUCGAAUUUUUAAGCGAAUCAUGCACCAGCCGCUACGCAAUCUUGAAGAUUUUUGGGAGAAAUAUAACCAGUUUGUGUUAGCUCAGCAAUUAAGCUCUCUUGCUACGACCGAUGAGCAGAAGGCUCUUGCUAGCGAUGGGGAAGAACUCAUGGAUGAAGGUCUGUUGCGAGUUAAAAUUGUAAAUGCAGUGGAGGCCGUUAAAAAUACGACACUGGGGGAUAUAUACCGCCGUCAUGGAUUUGAAGCAGCUAUUGAUCGGAGUUACUUUCACGUUACGCCUGUGACAGAAGCCGCAAUGAAAAACUGGCACAGCUACUUAGACUUUGAAGAAGCUGCAGGUGAUAGUGAGCGUUGCCAGAACUUAUACGAGCGCUGCCUUAUUCCAUGUGCAAAUUACGAAGAAAUUUGGCUUCGCUACGUUUCGUGGAGUGAAAAGGCUUGCGGUUUUGCAGCAGCAGAUGCAGUUUUUCAGCGAGCUGUUACGAUAUUUUUAAAGCACCGCUCUUCCAUCUAUUUAGAAUAUGCGACUUUCUUGGAGGCUCACGAUGAGCUGCAAAGAGCUCAAGACACCUAUAUGAGAGUGUUAUCCGAUGUAGCACCAAAACUUGCCGAAGCAUUCUUGCAGUAUUGCAAUUUUAAACGAAGACGAGGAGAUAUUGAGACAGUCAAAAUGUGGUAUGAACGCGGGAUGGAGACAUUCGAAAAUGACGCCGAGGUGUUUGCUUAUGUGGCUAUUUCUUACGCCAUGUUCUUAAAGAAGAUUGAUGGUGAUAUAGGUUUGGUUCGUGCCGUAUUCGAACGCGCGGUGCAGAAGCGUAGCGAUUCAGUGUUGCUUUGGCUAAACUUUGCUCAUUUUGAAAAGAAUAUUGGUGGCGACAAUGCAGAAAUGGUGUCACGGGUUACUCGGGUCUUCGAACGUGCGCUUGAAGACGAUUGCAAUUUGUCGAUGGACGAGAAGAACGACUUGUGGUUCCAGUAUGUUGAGUUUCUGGGGAAUUAUGGCGAUGAUAUCGCUCAAGUUCGUGAAGCUCGCAAAAGAGAAUUGGUGUGGAAGCUACAAAAUUCCCAGCCCUGUAAUCGCACGAUCAAGGUACUGAAAAUUCAUAGUGGCUGGGAUAUUGAUGCAAGUGAGUACAACUCCAAUGUGGAUCUUGGAAUGAAGCGUCCUCGUUUCAACACCCCGCACACUUCUACAUCCCAGUUAAUACCCACCGCAGCGGCAACAUCGGCGAUACCAGCAGUAGUCGCGACAGAGACAGCGGCGACGACGGCUGCCUCAUAUUACCAUGGUUUUCAGGGUUACGGAGGUCAAGCUCAAGUGUACCCUCAAGCUGACCCUGCGGCGGUGGCUACUCAGCAGACUUAUACCCAAGCACAAUACGCUAGUUUUUACCAGCAGUAA